GCGGCCUUGCAAGUCAGUGUGUCUGUGGACGUCGUGGAAGGCAGGAUCUACUGGGCUCUUUAGUGAAGAUGACCCCCUCUAUUUACCUGCUGCUGCUGGCAGCUGCUGCAGCAGUUCUCACGCCGCCCAAAGCUCACGCCCACCCGGAAGCCACGCCCACUACCCACGUCCACACCGCUACACGCAACCAUCAAACUGGAGAGUACUCCUUUGGUUACGCCGUAGACGCUCCUGAGUACCGGAACUUCCAAGAUAGGGAAGAGGCCCGCUUAGGCGAAGAGACCCGCGGCCGCUUCCGAGUGGCUCUCCCUGACAACCGACUCCAGACGGUACUGUACCGAGCUAACGAGAAGGGCUACACUGCACUUAUCUCCUAUGACCAGCAUCCCGACUUUCCCACCUUGAGGGCGUCCGUAGGACCUAUAGGGGAUGCUCCUAAGAUUGGGCAGUCUGUACUAGAAAGCAUCAGGCAAGGGGAGAACUGGAAGAACCACAAGGACCACCACAAAGAUGGAAGGCGACCUGGGCACGUGACUCGACAGUCAAGCCAUGGAGAGCUCGAUAACGCUGUGGUGUCGACGCCACACCAUGUGCAACCAGUGAUUUCGCGCCCACGACCCUCUAGCGUGUUACGCCCACGCCCCACGCCAACGCAAUCAAGCCCGUCACCCGCGCCCAAGCGAACACGCACAUCACCCACGCCCAUCCGUUCUCGCCCAUCACCCACGCCCAGGCGAUCACACCCGUCUCCCACGCCCACGCGUUCUCGCCUGUCACCCACGACCACGCGGUCACACCCGUCUCCCACGCCCACGCAAUCACACCCGCCAUCCACCCAGCAGGGCUCACGCCGAAGGCAGUCUACCGUGCGUACUACAAGCAGGCCGUCGGCGCCUCUCGCCCAGACACGCCCAGUAGCACAACCACUUAGAGCAGCUGCCCCUCAAGUGACCCGAACCCGCGGCUCCACCACCCCAGGGACCUCCGUGCCCACCAUCAUCCUACCGAAUUCAAUCUCUAUUGCAAAUGAAGAUUUUGAGGAGCCUGAAAUCCUAAACCGUUUAAUUACAGCCAUUAGAGAGGAGACAGAAGAGGAAACAGAAACGCCUACUGUCGACGAGCACUCAAAUGAGAAAGGUCCCCAUAGACGGUACAGCAUUGGGGAUAAGGCCAGUGUGUUGGCUCGAUUAGGGGCUGUAGUACACACCGUCCGUCCACCUACCUCGCCUAUCCGCUAAAUGACGUACUUCUUGAAGUGCUACAAAGUAUGGAUCCGUUUUACCAGAAUUUCAUAGACUUUUGCUGUCAGCUAUAAAUUACCAGUUUUCCAGGAUUUACCUUCGAAAAAGCCCUACCGCUAAGUUUAAUAUUUUACAAUAAUAAGCUUAGUCUCUCUCUCUCUCUCUCUCUCUCUCUCUCUCUCUCUUAAACCUAUCCAUUUGAUUAUAUAGGAGCUGUACCAACUACAAAAAAAUCUUAUCUGCUACAGGAUCAUGGCAGACCUUUUCCUUUCUCCAAUGUCUUAGAUUUGACUUUUGUAUUUUUACUUUCUUCGUGUUGACUAUUAAUGUUAAGUUUCACAUAACUUGCCUUUUUUCAGAUACAACAGUCCCUGCAAAGCCUGUAUCAUAUAGUUGUAAGCCUCUGUGUGUCUUUCUAUAAGUUGUACGCGCAAGGUGGUGUUUUAGCCAACAAAAAAAAAUCUACAGCAAAGUGCAUAGGCAGGUGCCCCUUGUUUACAUGACGGUGUGCUUAGCCCCCACUGCCAAGAUAAAGUUAGAUGCAUGCGUGUAAACAAAUACUCAUCUACAAAAUAUGUUUCAAAGUUAAUUAGGGUACAGGUGUGUGUAGAUAUUCAUGCUUCAAAAGGUAUCUUUAAGGAGGGGUCCGAUGAAUUUCAAAAUGAUCUCCGCGACUCCUGUUGUCUCAGUAGGAUUGUCAAAAUCCUUCAUCUGUUGUGUCAUAUUGGCUCAUACAAAAUCAUUAAGAUACUUUUUUUGGAGCGAUUUAAAUACCUCACUGUAGAAAACAAGUGUUAAUGUAGACGUUGUCUAAGUAGCCUCUCCUACAGGACAGGUGUGUUUAUGGUUAAUUAGAAUAUAGGUAUGCAUGGGCAGGUAAAGAAGACGUCCGCCUCGUGCAGGAGAAAGUUUACCCGGAAAAAAAAAGGUAAGAGUUGGGGUUAUCUUUACCUAUUACCAUUGACGCGUCAACACGAAGACCGAAAUCCAACACCGAAUUCACGUAAACUUUAAUUGUGUGACUGAGAAGAUUCUCUUGAGUUACAAAUAUCCAGCCACUCAUUAUACAGUACAGUACAUUAUACAUUUCAUCACAACACUUAAUAUUUACUUGGCUGUAACGAGUUUUGGGGUAAAUAAUGCGGGUUUUUUAUCACCUCUAUUUUCCACACAGUAUACAAGGUCGUGGUAUCCAGUGCUUUAUAAAUUUUACGGAUGAACUCAAAUUAAAAAAAAAUAAAGGUUUCUACAGGAAGCUGAAAGGUCAAGACUGUCCACGUCGAUACCUGAUACACGAGCCACACACCCUAGACGAUCGUCCUUACUUGUUUCGGGAGGCGUGUGUAGCAGUGUGCGGUGAUGGUGUAUUAGUGUAGUGUUAUGUGUACUAUGCGUAGUAGUGAUACAGUCAGCCAAAGAUCCAGCAACCCCACCCUGGGUCUUGUCCUGGCAAUUUUACCUGGCAAUACUUGGUAA